UCGACAUCCAUUGCUGGAAAAUUAUCAGGGGGGUUUAAGAAAGGCAAAUUAUAUUUUCUCUUGUGACACUUGUGACAUAUUCUUAAACUCGCAAGAAUUUGUAUGUUUUUGAUGGAAACCCGAAUUUAGCUUCUUAGCCUGUAUCAAAACAAGUUACGUAGAUAUUCCAUCUUAAUUCGUUCGAUAACGUUAUGGGGAAAGGGGUUUAUUGGAUACAUACACCACUUUUUUUGUGGUGUCUAGUUUUCAGGCCUUAUGUACGGGUAAUUGGGCUAGAAAAUUUUAUGUAGACCUGGCAACCCUGACUGCAUUAGUAGUCUGCCUGAUCGGCGUUGGAUGCUGGUGAUUUCUCUGUGAACAUCUACAUUAAAACAUCAAAACGUCUUACGCGAUGAGAGGCGAUAGGGGCAGGGGCCGGGGCGGCCGGUUCGGCUCACGUGGUGGACUGGUGCAAGGGUAUCGGCCAUUUGUCCCCCACAUUCCCUUUGACUUCUAUGUGUGUGAGAUGGCCUUCCCCAGAGUGAAGGCAGCAGCAGAUGAGACUGCCUUCAGCGAGUGUCUACUGAAGAGGAACCAGGACCUCAGCCCCACACCCGCAGAGCAGUCCUCUAUCUUGUCCCUGGUCACCAAGAUCAACAACGUCAUCGACAACCUCAUUGUCGCCCCCGGCAACUUUGAAGUGCAAAUUGAAGAGGUACGUCAGGUGGGCUCAUACAAGAAAGGCACCAUGACAACGGGACACAAUGUCGCUGACCUGGUGGUCAUCCUCAAGAUCUUGCCCACACUGGAGGCUGUCGCGGCUCUCGGCAACAAAGUGGUGGAGACCCUUCGCACACAAGACCCUGCUGAAGUUCUCUCCAUGCUGACGAAUGAGACAGGUUUUGAGAUCAGCUCUGCCGAUGCAACAGUGAAAAUCCUCAUCACCACCGUUCCCCCCAACCUGCGCAAGCUGGACCCCGAACUGCACUUGGACAUCAAGGUGCUGCAGAGUGCUCUGGCCGCCAUCCGCCAUGCCCGCUGGUUUGAGGAGAACGCCUCCCAAUCUACGGUGAAAGUGCUGAUUCGCCUGCUGAAGGAUCUGAGGGUGCGUUUCCCCGGGUUCGAACCUCUCACCCCCUGGAUCCUGGAUCUACUGGGUCAUUCUGCCGUCAUGAACAACCCCUCCAGGCAGCCCCUGUCACUCAAUGUGGCUUACAGACGCUGCCUACAGAUGUUGGCCGCCGGACUUUUCCUGCCAGGCUCAGUGGGCAUCACUGACCCCUGUGAGAGUGGAAACUUCCGGGUGCACACCGUCAUGACCCUCGAGCAGCAGGACAUGGUUUGUUUCACUGCUCAGACAUUGGUCAGGGUCCUCUCUCAUGGAGGGUACAGGAAGAUUCUGGGCCUGGAGGGUGAUGCCAGCUACCUGGCUUCGGAAAUGUCCACAUGGGACGGUGUGAUCGUCACACCCUCUGAGAAGGCCUACGAGAAGCCGCCAGAGAGGAAGGAAGAGGAGGAUGAGGCGCUAGAGGAAGGAGGGGAUGUAGAGGAUGAAAGCAUGGAGACACAGGAGUGAGGAAGACAAGGGAAGUGAUGCGCCACCAGUGAGCUGCCAGGUACUAGUAGCCAGUCAGAAAACCAGGCUCAUUACCAGGCUGGCUAGCUAGCCGCCUAGCUUGUUGUUACAUCUCCUACAGUAGCUUAGUUAGCACAUUAAUGCAACGUUCUAUAAAUUAGCCUAGUUGCUAGUAGCAAAUCCCAUUAAUGUAUUUAUGAGUUAACAAAAUCAACAACUUUUUUUGUUUAUGGAAAUAAAUCAUUGUCAUGCCAAGUCAUAGCAAAGUAAGCGAUGUAGCUGCCACACAUUAACAACUCACCAGCCAGAGACUAGCCGGCGAUAGUAGUGCAUGGAGCCAUCUACUGUAUCCGUGUUACAGGCGAGAAUUCUGCGAAAUCAGCUCCGCUUUACACAGAGUAUAAUACAAGAGGGUUUGCGAAGGACAUUCUUUUGUCUUUGAGAACCACCCGAAGUUCGACUUCAAUUCACUCUUUUACCCAUACAAUGUGUGAGGCUUAACAACUUUUUAUUUUCCCCCUCUUGUUGCCAUCUAGAGGAUCCUGUGCCACAUCUUUUUAAAUGAAUGUUUACCCCUGACCCUUUGAGACCGUUCACUCGCCCCUUUGUCCUUCAAUGAAGUUCAUGUCCACCAAUGAAUUGACUGCAACGACCUGGACCAAAGUUCUCCAACUGGACGGACAGACUCGCAUAAACUGUUACUGGUCCUUCAACGCCCUCAACAAAAAUGAAAUUCACGGUCUUUCCAGAAAGGGACGGGUGUCGCUAUCUAUUUGUAUUCCGUGUCUUUGUCUGGUUUUUACUUUGUAGCAAUAAUGAUGACUAAAUUAAACAGCUUUUUAAAAAGUUGAA